GUGUCCCAAAGAUGGAAAAGGAGCGUUUUCUUUAGGAGGAGGAGAGGAGAUUCCAGAGCAUAAACCCGCGUUUUGAAUUUUGGGUUUUGUUUUGCUCGAUUUCUAUCCAUGGUGGCGUCGACACUGGCCUGACACAGGCCACAUGGUCGUGUAGAGAGGUCCAGCCUUCCGAGUUCAGACCCACCCACAUUACUCUGUCCACACGAAAGUGGAGGAGGAGGAGGGGGGAUUAUUAGAUUAGGACCAGAAAAAAUAGAAAAAACUUCCUCAGAUCUGACCCACAAUUUCCCACCUCCAAUUCAUUACUAGAUUGCUGUUGGAUAGCUUCUCUUCCUCUCCCCCUCUCCUCUUUUUCCUUCUUUUCUUUAAUCUCUCUCUCUCUCUCUGUCUGAAAUGGGAAUAAGAAAAGCCUGUCACCACUUCUCAUUCUCUCCAGAACUGAUGUGAACAUUGCUUACAUAACAAACAUUUCACAUUACAUCACACCCCUUUGUCUCUCUCUCCCUCUCUCUCUCUCAAGCUAUAUAGGCUAGCUUUUUCAGCAGCCUUUUUAUACUAGAGAGAGCCAAAAAGACACAGCGUUGCUUCGUUCUGCGAGGAAACCCAGAAAAACAUCUCUUCUCGAGCCUGCAGAAAGAUCGCUGCUGAAAUGGUCCUCCAGCAUGGCUACGGAUCCUAGCUCCCUUCAGUUUCUCAUUGGCUGAUCCGAUUUUUUCUUUUGGGUCCCCCCCUCCCCCCCCCCUUUCAUAUAAUCCCACCUCCUGAAUUUCACAGGAAACUUAUCUGCUCACCUCGUUCUUGAAAGUCCGUUGUCCCAUGCGUUUGCUCCUGUGCAGCAUCGCAGGAUUUGGUCUCUUCUGUUAUCCUCAUUUUCAUCUUCAAUUGUACUUCCAUUCUCACCCGCCACAGAGCCUCUUAGAGCCCUGUACAUAAAAAAAAGCCAAAGCAGAAGGAGAAUGCAUCCAUGCUGAAAUGCAUGCGUGAUUGUCUGCUUUGAAACGCGAAAUUCAGUGCUCUCCCAGUUUACCCGGAGUUUCUGCUGCAGCUCCAGAAGCACAUGCCUGCACAAACUUUGUAGGUUUGGCAUUGUGAGCGCAAAACAUGUCGACGAGAAUCCUGUAUUCAUUGACAGAUGACAAGGCAGGAAUGCAGAAGCAAAUCGGGUGUAUGAAUGGGAUCUUUCAGCUCUUCGAUCGUCAGAAUUUUCUCUCCGGUAGACGCUUAAAUGGCCACAGCCACAAGAGGCUUGUUGCAGGUCAAAAUGCCACUGUUGAUGCAGAGGAAGAAGGGGUCUUACAAAAAUCUGCAGUGAAAAACUCCAAGGCAACAAAGUUUGAGAGACACAGAUUGUCAUCUGAUUCCUCAAGAAGCUCUGUCUCGUCUUCAUGCAAUUCUUCUAGUUUCUCCUCGCUUGAGGAGACUAGACCAGCAAAGUCAGAAUCAUCUCUGUUCAGGCUAAGCACAACCCAAACUAACCAGCGUCACGGCUCGCCACUUCACCAUUUAAAUGCCGCUGAGCAUUUGAGUGGACAAUCCCUUGACCUCCCUGAUAUCGCCAAGGGCUCCAACUACAGAGGAGCCCAUGGGGUUUUAUUGAGGCCCCAAACCACAGAUAAAGCAGCUACUUUGACAUAUAUAGACUCGCCUAGACCAGUAAAGCCGUCAAAGUCUGUUAAAUCAAAAACUUCUCAUGUGUCUGAAUCAUUCAGAAAUCUUCCUAACCUUCGCCAACCUCAGACUUCGGCCGAACAGAUGGAAAUUGACAGUUUUUGUUCUCUGUCUAAGAAGGACGCUCCUCGUUUCUCUUAUGACGGACGAGAAUCAAGGGACGCUUUGAAGUCCAACUUCAAGGUGAAAGAGCUACCCAGGCAUUCGUUGGAUAGCAAGAGAGGCUCUAUGUCAUUUUCCUCUCAAAGUCAGUCGCGUUAUUUGCAAGGGAAUCAUCAAAGGGUGAGCCACAGUAUGGUUCAAAGUGUGAAUUUACCCCAAGAACAAGGGAGCCACACGAGGCAAUCGAGUGUGGUAGCGAAGUUGAUGGGACUGGAAGCCCUCCCAGAUUCAGUGUCAAGCACCAAGCUUCAGGUCGGCGAUAGCAGAACCAACUCACCUGAAGCAUUGGAUCCCUUCUCCGUUUCAUCGAGAACACCUGACGGAAACAAGCCUGCUCUGCUAUCUGGCUCCCCAAGGAAGAGCCAAAGGUCAGCCAUCUCGCAGCAGGAGGCCACUGCAGAUUCAGUCAUGAAGUUCAACGCAAGUUCACAGUUUCCAAUACAUGCAACUGCACGGAGGAGACCAGAAGGAAGCCAAAGUCCCGCAGUGCUGGUCCCUGAGUCUACGCCAUCGCAUCCAAAAGAAUCAAAUUCAACCCUCUCAGUUUAUGGAGAAAUUGAGAAAAGGUUGCCACAGCUUGAGUUCAAGAAAUCGGGGAAGGAUCUGAGAUUUCUGAAACAGAUGCUCGAAGCAAUGCAAAGAUCCAAAGAGACAUCGGAGGGCAAGGAAGAUGUCCAGGCUCCAGAGUCUAUGCUUCAAACAAACAGUUGCAGCUCAGGCAGCAGAUCAAGAGUAGCUCCCUGUGGAAACAUAAAAUCUGAAGCCCCAGAUUCUCCCAAAAUCAAGAAAAUCAGUUCCCCAAAGAAAUUGCAGUCCACUAUUGUUGCCGCGAAACAAGAAAGAAGUAUAGAAAAACUGAACAUCCCUGGAUCCCCUGUCAAUUCCGCGUCAGGUCUCGCCAAGCUCCAGAUUUCUCCAAGUAGCAGGAGAAAAUCUAUUGAGCAGCAACAAAACGAGGAUCUCACUCCAAGAAAGGUUUCCAGUAGGCAACCCCAAUUCCUGGACAGAAAAAUUGGUUCUAGAAACACAUUGACGCGAGUAGCAGUGGAGCACCAACAUGUUUAUGAAAACACCAGUUCAGGCAGGAAUUCAGGAACUUCAAGCCCACGGCUUACGCUGAAGCAAUUGAGGGCAACAGAUGCUCAGGGGACAAGUAACCAGGGGAAGCAAACAAAAGAACCACGGUCUCCUGGGAGAACACCCAAAUCCAAAACUAAUCAUGUGCCUCUUAGUUCUGACCGAGAGAACAAGAAGAGCAGCCAUACAAGAGAUCUCAGCGACCAAAAUAACACCAUUUCUCAGCAAUCGGCAGCUAGUAUGGACUCCCAGGAUGACACAGAAGUUUCCAGUGUAUAUAGCUUUGCUGAAAUCCGUGGCACAUUCCCUCAAGAUGACCACACCAGAAAAAAAACAUUCCCCACGAGAGAACAGGAAUUGAGCAGGAAACUUGGGAUACCUACAACAGAACAACCAAGUCCAGUCUCCGUCCUUGAUGCAUCAUACCUUGAAGACGAAGCACCAUCACCGGUGAAAAUGACCUCAGAACCCUUUAAAGAUGAUGAAGUUUCUGGCGAGGUAAAGUGGAAUUUGCGAGAGCUAAACAGUUUAUCUGAUAGCAAAAGAAGCAGCUUUGGCUCAGCUAUCAACCAGAAUAGCUUAGUCAAUCUUCCCCUGGUUCAGAAUGAAAUAAAAGUAAUCUCCACUAGACAAGGACCUGGCACAGCAUUCCCAAGUGACAGCACAAGCUCGGAUCAUGCAUACAUUUCAGAGAUAUUGUCAGCAUCUGGUCUGCUGAGUGAUCUUGAUUCUGGAUUAAUGACCAUCCGGCUGCUUUCAGGAAACUUGUUCCACAUGCUAGAACAAAUCAAGGCAAGCAACAACAUUUCAAGUGGAGAUCAGGCCAGAGAAUGCACCAUCCAGUCAAAACAAGGCGACAGAAUGCGAAGAAAGCUGAUAUUUGAUGUCGUUAGUGAGAUCUUAAUGCAUAGACUACUAUCAAAUUAUUCCAGGAACUGGUUCUCAUCAGAUAAGCUGGCAGGGAGAAAGACGGCACAACAGCAGCUCCUGAAAGGGUUGUGCUCUGAGAUAGAUCAGCUUCAAACUGACCGCCCAUAUUGCAGGUUUGAUGAUGAGGACGAGGAUUCGAGGACUAUCUCAUCCAAAGAUUUGACCCAUCAAGAGCUGAACUGGGCAGGUUCUGACGACGUUUCAGGAGUAGUCUUGGACGUCGAGAGAUUGAUCUUUAAGGACUUGGUUAGCGAAGUAGUGAGCAGUUUGGCCACCGGUCCACGAGCCCAACCGAUAGGCCACUGCAGGCGGCUGAUUUUCAAGUAGCGCCUUUUAGUGUGUUUUCCUGAUUCUUCUAGUCGCUCUGUUUCUGUAAAUCUCUUCUGACCCUCGGUGACGACAGAGGGAUCAAAACUUUUCUUUAACGAAAUAGUAGCGCCGGUACUGACAAUGUGAUUGUGCUCUUUCUAGCCAGUGAAUAACACCUAAUACAAGCUCCACCCCUUUGUGAAC